AUGGCCACCACAGCAGCCCUCUCCAGCGCCAUGGUUAGCACCUCUUUCGCUCCCCAAAAGCCGGUGACGAGCCUACGGGCUCUUCCCAACGUGGGGCAGGCUCUUUUCGGGUUAAAAGCCAGUCGGGGAGGACGUGUUAAGGCAAUGGCAACUUACAAAGUGACGCUUAUCACUCCUGAUGGUAAAGUAGACUUCGAAUGCCCCGAUGGCGAGUACAUCCUUGACCGGGCUGAGGAGGGACCUCAAGUUGACCUCCCAUUCUCUUGCAGGGCUGGUGCUUGCUCUUCAUGCGCUGGCAAGAUUGUGGAAGGGAGUGUGGAUCAGGCUGAUGGUAGCUUUCUUGAUGAUGACCAGCUAGAGGCGGGUUGGGUUCUCACUUGUGUUGCUAGACCUACGUCUGACGUUGUCAUUGAGACGCACAAAGAGGAGGAACUCUACAAGGAACAUUUUUCAGCCUCGUAA